AUGGUAGCACAACAACCUGCGACAUUGAUGUCGCAGGAACAAGAAGAAAGAAGAUUCCGAAUUGCACAACCAGGAAGAUUUGCGAACAACUCAAAGGAACAGACCUUUGAACAGUUCGUUGAAAAACUGGCUGUAUGGUACGCACACCAAAGAGUAACUGCGGACAGAGAUCGCAUUAUGGGUGUAUUGGCUUUAUUGGAAGGCCGGGCACAUACGGUGGCCGGUAACUAUUAUCGCAUGGUCAAAGACUCUAAAGAUUUGGGGAAGUAUGAUGACUUCCUACACCAAAUGCGGAGAGCUUUCACCACUACGGAUCAAGAAGAAGAUGCGCGUCAGGAAUUCUUGAGAAUGCUCAAGAAAUAUGAAACUGUAGCGGCAAAAGACACCGCUAAGUUCAUUGGUGAAUUCAGAGGUCUGGCAGACCUCGUGAAGUCAACCGAUUCAGAAUUGAUCGCAGCAAUCAGAGACAGAUUGCAUAGGGAGAUCAAGAAUGUCUUGGCGGCCAGGGCAAGUUCCCAGUGGCCAAAGAAAUGGUCAGAGUACUGUGAUUAUGUACUUGACAUUUGCAGGAGACAUGGAUAUUCAACAAUUGGUUUCAUCAAUGGGCCCAUCAUCUUCAAAGGACCCGAACGCCAUGGAGGUGGAUAA